AUGUUGACCUCGUCGCCAGUCGCACCACGACCGACGAGCGCAUCGCCACGAACCUUCCACUAUGUACCUUCGCGGUCUCCACAACACUCCCCGAAGAUAACGUCGCCCUUGCCGCGCCGCCAUUCGAAGCACUCACUCUCCCAUCCCUCGCCCUCGCCCUCGGGUUCCCUACAGACGCCGUCGCAACCCAGGCCGAAGCAAUAUGUUGGAGUCGACGCGGCUACGCAGUACUCACCGAUGGAGCGUUUCGACCCCACGGUGCCGUUGCGCGGCGUGCAGGAAUCUGCUUUACCAAGCUUAGCCACCACGACCACACCGGCGGUAGCCCAACCCAAUCCACCAUCUACUCUCCCCGAACCGCCUCCUGAACCGAGUCUAUCGCCCAUCAGACCAGACGACCCGAAAGCAAACCCUUUGUCUCCCAACAAAAGGCGCAAUUCGCAAGACCAUGCGGCCCCUCAGCCGUCCACGUUGGCCGUGGCGACGAGUCAGCCGAGUUCCCCAAAACGAACGCGACCCAAUGCAGGGCCUCCCAAGGAACUACCGCUGAAGUACGAGUUCUGCGAUGUGGAGCAUAUGGUCGUCCUCAUCUCCAACAUGCUCGGAGAAUUGAUCGAGACGAAUGAUUCGCUGGCUAUGAAGAGCGGCAACCUCACGAGGUUUCACUCUAGGACGGCACCGGGUAUCUCGGUUCUGGACUAUCUACAGCGGCUUGCUAAACAUGCCACGCUGACGCCUCCUCUCCUGCUCUCCAUGGUAUAUUACAUCGACCGCCUGUGCGCAUUAUAUCCCGACUUCACCAUCAACACCUUGACUGUGCAUCGGUUCCUCAUAACGGCUGCAACCGUGGCUGGCAAAGGCCUGUCAGACUCGUUCUGGAACAACUCGUUUUACGCACGAGUAGGCGGUGUCAAAGUGGCGGAGCUGAAGCUUUUGGAACUCGAGUUUUUAUAUCGAGUGGACUGGAGGAUAGUGCCGAAUCCAGAAGUCCUGGUAGCAUAUUACAAAGGUCUGAUUGACCGCUGCGCUGGCUACAGCCUCCAGGAGGAGCCAACAGAGCAGGAAAUAUUACCUGAUGAUGACGAGACUGACGUGAUCGACGAUGACGAAAGCGAACGGACGGACAAGGUUGUUGGUAGUGGAGAAGAGGACAUUCAACAGACGAAUUGA